AUGAAUCUAUCAAAAUUUGAAAAUAUUGAUCAAAAUGAAGAGAAAGAUGAUGAAACAACUCGUUUACCAGUAACUUUACAAGAUAUUAUUCGACAAAAAGCUAAAAAAAAUAACAAUGCUAGAUCUUAUUUACUUCAAAUCUCUCGUUAUCCACCACUGUGUGAAUUUCUUGGUGAUAAAUCUCAUACGUCGUUUAAUCGUCGUCCGAGUGCAACUCAAGUUCGUCCACUAAUUGCAAACCAUUUAAGUCAACAUUUAGCCAAUGAUGCCAAAAUACGUAUGCGUCUAUGUGAUGAAUUGCGUGAGAUACAUCGAUCAUACUUGAGAACAUUCAUGAAUGAUCCACAUACUUCUGGUACUAAAUAUAUCUUUUCAUAA